UCAGAUCAAAGGAGACUGCAUAGCAAAGGCAAAUUCACCUCUAAAUCAAACAACACAUGGUACAUCCUUUUUAUAAAUUUAUUAUAAUUAUUAUUCCUAAAUUGUUAUUAUUUUUAUUACUAUUAAGGCUGUGCUCUGAAAAUUAUUGAAGGAAGCCCAGUACUUUAAAGCUACAAUGUGUAAGUGUGAAAUUCUUGCUGCCUACAUGUAGGAUAUGAUUUUUAUGAAAAGAAAAUUAAUAAGAUUUCCGAGUUGUCGAAAAGCAAAAGUAAGGUGCCUGGGGCCUGUGACUGGGUACUUCCAGAGCACAGACUUGAUUAUUUUUUACUUCGGCGGAGCGCGAAGUAAAGGAUUCGCGACGCUCAGGAAUGUAUCUAAGUUGCAAUUUUUUGACAAGAUUGGGCAAACAAAGUCUGUAGGUUUUCAGCUCUAUUCGGCUAUUCGACGAAGUGAGAGCCGAAUUAGUUCGAGAUAUCUCGAGAUCACUUCGAUUUCUUUGAAUUAUUCUUUAACUUUUUCGAGGAAGAAAGAAUUACUAUUUUGGUCUUCCCGGGGUUUGAACCGACUCACCUGUGUGACCCGUCAGAUCAGAGGAGACUCUAAGUUGAGGGAUUAGCCGAUUGCGCUACUGCGACCCAAGGUAGUUUUGGAGAUGAAAAAUAGUUAUGAAAUGAUGCACUAGUUUCGGGACAAGAUUGGGUGUGCAAGUUCGUGACUUUUCAGCUUGUUUCAACUAUUUCACGAAAUGAGAUCGGACUUCUUCGUGAUAUCUUGAGAUCACUUCGAGUUAAGUCUUUAAUUAAUCGAGGAAUAAAUAGAGGAUAUUUCGUGGCCGCGCAGAGACACGAAAUUUCUCUUUGAGUGUUGAAAAACAUUUCACGAGUGAGCCCUCCUUUCGAACUGUUUUAUGAUGAAUUUAAAGUUAAAAAAUGCUGCCCAAAGACAUUUUGUCUUUGUUGAGUGUUACGUAGUAAAAUUGCUUUCAUGCGUUGCGUGACUUUCUCGAACGUUCUCUACGUUUUCGGAUUAUCCAAGAAUAAUUAAUUAGGGCAUGUUUACAUUUCAGCAUGAGUCAGCAGAUUUGCAUGAGUUACUGAAAUCAUAAAAUAUGUUGAAAAGCUACCACUAUUCGCCUGUUUAGUAUUUUCUAGAACCUUAUGUCCAACGGUAUACAAGUUCCAAGCGAGUUCUUUUGACGAACUAAGUUUUUUCCCACAAGCUGGAUUGCUGUGUUUAGUCAAGUGUGACGAAGGUCGAUUUUCAGGUUCUGUGUUUACAAGUUCGCGGAAGCCGUAAGAUAUCUGAAGUUCAAGUGAGAGUUUGUUAUUAUUGGUAGUUUUACUCAAAGUUCAAGUCAAGUUUGUGUUCGCGGAUGCUGUGUUUUAAAGCUCUGCAAAGGCUAUGUUCCUUUGGUGUUAAAUUUCCUUGUGUUAAUCCGACAUCCCUGCGUGCUGAUAGUCAGUGAAUAAUUAUCCUCAAAACAUUCGAACUCGUGACUUUGAGUUUUAGCCAAUUCCAUGCUCAACGUAAUUGACUCCUUACCCAUGCCUUACAUAUCUUUAAUGGGACUGCUAUGCUGUUUUUAAAGCCUGAUGUGGCUAAGGAAAAUAGAGACUUGUUUUUUAGAAGGAUUUGCAUGGAGUCAUCAGAGCAUAACUGGGCUAAUAUCGCGGAGACAAUUUGUCCUGAAAUGCUAGUUUUUGGCAAGUAGGCCUCUUGGAUGUUGCUCUUUUCAGAAUAUCCUGACAAAUCCCAUAAUUUCACACCUUACUCUUACCAUAUUUGAUUUCUUACUAUUCCUCCGCAUUUACAAUUAAUUAGUUCCACAACCACGACGCUGAAGUGUACGCUAGCUCCGUAGCGUCUUGUCAAAAAUUAUUCGUCUUCUCUUAUUUUUAAGCUGACAAGUGAGUUACCUUAAAAAAUUUGGUCUGAUAUGAAAUCUCAGAAAUUAAGGUGUGAAAUGAAGAUGUUUCAUUCUGCUGGCUAAGACAAUAAUUUCAUUCUUUUUUAUCUUUGUUUAGCUGUGGGAGAAUACCUAGCAUUAGGAAUCAAACCAGAAAAGCUUGUCCUUGGAUUGCCUUGGUAUGGCUAUGACUACCCCUGCAUUGAACUCACAGAUGAUCGAAUUUGCAGCAUCAAACAUGUUCCAUUCCGGGGCGUGAAUUGUAGUGAUGCUGCUGGGAGACAGAUAGAGUAUGCAGAAAUAGAGGAUUUAGUGGUUAGCAGGGCAACAGUUGGUCCUCAGUGGGAUGAAGAUACUGCCUCAUACUUUUUCAACUAUGAAGACAGUGUUGGUGGAAAGCACCAAGUCUGGUAUGACAACCCAUACAGCCUCAAAGCCAAGUACAAGUUUGCAGCUGAAAAUGGUUUGAAUGGUGUGGCCAUCUGGAAUGCUGAUUUGUUGGAUUACAGUGACAUCCCAAGAGCUAGAGAGGAGACCAAGAACAUGUGGGAUGCUUUACAGCAUUAGUUUGCUUGACAUGAAUGUACUGUCUAAUGAAACACCAUCUUUUCAUCUAUGAUCUCAUUGCCUACAAAUGCCACUAAAUAUGUUAAUAUUAAUUUUAUUAAUCAUCAAACAAUGGGUAUCAAGUGAAGAACAGCUCCUGCAAAAUAUCUGUCAGAUGACUGACAGAUGCUCAACACAUAAAAUCUUUUGGCCAAUUACAUAUAACUGUCACCUGUAAUGUAUGGUCUAUCUCAAGCCAGCUGACAACCAUGCAGUGAAUAACAUGUAAAAUGAUCCGAGAUUGCAGUAUGAUUUAAUCCGAGGAAUUAAUUGUGGUGAGCCAUUUUCCUGUGCUGGUGUGGCAUUACUUGUCAGACAAGUUCGGCUAACCAUAUUACUUUUUUUCAAAUAACUGAGAGUGGCUGACUGCAAGUAACUUUUUGCAACCCAUUAGGUUAACUGUUGGCUAACAGUCUUGUGACAGAUGUUUUUGGGAGCUUUAAUUUUCUUCACCAUUAUUCUUAUCACGUAUGUUUGCCUUCAAAACUUGGACGUUUCACAGGACAUUAUGUCAUGUUUGGCACUGAAAGGAUGUUUUUGUUACAAAGCUAGCUGACAGUCAUGAUUUUGUUCUGUGUGUGGUUGAUCAGGUCAAACUCAAGCAAAAAUAUAAUACUUCAAUAGUGUUUAAAAAUAUAACAUGUCAUUUAGAAUGACUUUCCUUUUGCUGCUUCAACAUUUCUAAUAAUUUUUUACUAUGUCAAACAGCCCAUGAACUUUCCUCGUUAAUUUUUCUGAUUGGAAUCUAAAUCUUUUAUUUCUUCCUCUUGAUGGCUUAACACAUAGUCAGUCUUUUUUUUGCAGUCUCUUGAGGUUUGCAAAGGAAUCAUGACAUGAUUUUUUAAAGCUAGUUUGUACUAAAUCACUAUAAAAAUGCCUACAAUGUUAAAAAAGUGCUUUGCAAACCAAUAAUGCAAUUAGAAUGCAAGGAAAAGGCUCAAAGCAACUUUACUAUAUUUGCAGCUGUGUGCCACCUUCUGCUACCAAAGAAUUUUACAUGUGAAAAUUAAACUACUAAGUCUAAUAGUUACAUUAUUUUUGACAUCCAACAAAUUUCUAAUAUAUAAAUAUUUUUAGAUGUGUAUAUCAGAGAUCUGUAAGAACA